UAUUGAUGUGGCCUUCCAUGUGUCUGUAUUCUUUGCCCUAACCAUAGAUAAACCCUAACCUUACUUAAUAGAACGGUCAGUGCAAUAGGAAACAUAUUAUGUAUCCAAGAAUUGGUGUUAAGUUUAAUUAAAGCUCGAAAGAAUAAUUAAAUUUUAAUCCUGUUGUGUUCCUAAAUGUGUGAAAGUGCUUCAGAUUUAUUGUUUUAAACGUUGUUACCCACGUGUGUUGUAUCCAACAAUUUACUAUGAAGUCAAGAAAACCAUGGGAAGAAAUUUACCCCUUGCUAGAUGAAGACAUUAAAAAGGCCAUUAAGACGUUUAAUUUUCCAACUAUGACUCCUGUACAAGCUGCAACAGUGCCUCUACUUAUUGCAAUGAAAGAUGUAGCUGUCCAGGCAGUAACAGGAUCUGGAAAGACUUUGGCAUUUUUAAUCCCGAUGUUACAACUUUUAAAAAGAAGAGCUAAAGAGCAAGUUUGGAAAGUAAAAGAAGUUGGAAGUAUUAUAAUUUCACCAACUCGAGAAUUAGCUGUCCAAACCAACACUGUCUUGACACAGUUACUUGAACAUUUACCUCAAUUUAAGCAAUGCUUAUUAGUCGGUGGUAACAGCAUAGAAGAAGAUGUUAAAAAAUUAAGAGAGGGUUGUAAUAUAUUAGUUUCUACUCCAGGGAGAUUAGAAGAUUUAUUAACAAGAAAAUUAGACUUUAAUUUACCAGCCUCAGUUAAAAGUCUGGAGUUGUUAAUUCUUGAUGAAGCAGAUAAAUUAUUGGAUUUAGGAUUUACAGCAUCUUUAAAUACUAUUCUCAGUUAUCUUCCUAGACAGAGGCGAACGGGUUUGUUUUCUGCAACCCAAACAAAAGAAUUACAGGAUCUAAUUAGGGCUGGACUUAGAAAUCCAGUUGUGAUAACCGUCACAGAAAAAGCAUCUCAAAGUACACCUGUUACUCUUGAUAAUUACUAUAUUGUUACUAGAAAUGAUGGAAAACUAGGUACGCUUGUGUCCUUUUUGGAAGAAAAUUCUAUAAGGAAGGCUCUUCUGUUUUUUCCCACUUGCGCCACCGUAGAAUACUUUUCUAUUGUUCUUAAACACAUUCUUCCCCAAAAAUUGUCACCUGUAUUAGCAAUACAUGGUAAAAUGAAAGAAAAAAGGCAAAAGAUUUUAGACAAAUUUCGGAAUUCAUCGUCAGGGAUUUUAUUAUGCACCGACGUAAUGGCGAGAGGAAUCGACAUACCUGAAGUUGACUGGGUAUUGCAGUGGGAUCCCCCCACAAGUGCCAGUGCUUUCGUUCACAGGGUUGGCAGGACUGCGCGUCAAGGAAAUCAGGGCUCUUCCUUGAUCUUCCUCUUAGAAAAUGAAGAGCCCUAUGUAGAAUUUAUUAAGCUCAAUCAAAAUGUUUAUCUUAAACAAUUAUCAGAUAGCGCUACAACAGAAAAGAUUGCAGAUAUUAGAGAGAAGCUACGUUCCUUACAAAAAAUUGAUAGAGCAACUAUGGAGAAGGCGACAAGGGCUUUUGUGUCGCAUGUAAGGGCUUAUUCAAAACACGAAUGUUCUUUAAUUUUAAAAGUUAAGGAUUGGCCCUUAGGUUCAGUAGCAGCAAUGUACGGACUUAUUCGUUUACCAAAAAUGCCCGAAUUAAAAAAUCAAGACUUGUCGGACUUUCCGCAAGUCGAAGAUUUCGAUUUCGAUUCAGUUCCUUACAAGGAUAAACAAAAGGAGGAGCAAAGGCAGAAAAAAUUGGAAAGUUAUAAAAGCACUGGUGUUUGGCCAGGUAAACAAAUUAAAAUCCGCAAAAAACCCACCGAGCCUUGGUCAAAAACCAAACAAAUGAAAGAAGAAAGAAAAAUUAAAAGGCAAAAAAGAAAAAACACAAAACAAAUGAAAAUAGCAAAUAAUCAACCAUUAAAGAAAAAAAAACGAAAAGGUAUCAGUGAAGAAGAUAUGGAAGAACUUGCAAAGGAUAUUGCUCUUAUAAAAAAAUUGAAAAAAAGAAAAAUAACAGAUGAGCAAUUUGACAAAGAAAUGGGGCUCUGUUAGAAUCAAAGAUAUUCCUCAACAAUUAAAGUUUUUGUUUUUCUAUGGUAGAAAACCGCUUCUUUUUUGUACAUUGAGGUUAGAGUU